AUGAUUCUGAGCAAGAUCCUGGGCAGGGAGGACUUGCACUCUUUUGCCCUGCUUGCCCACAACCAGGUAUUAAUUUACCUCCAGAUUGGAGAACUUGCUACAGCAGGUGACACUGUGAUGAGGCAAUAUGUGAUGGAUGGCAACUUCACUGCACAGCAUAUGAAAAUGAACAAGCCAGAGCUGGAUGUGUCAUUAUCAGAUGGAAAAGGCUACAUGGUUUCUGAGGCACCCUAUCAGACUCAUCUCCAGCAGUCUUUGGAUAACAAGGAGGCAGAAUGGAUGCAUUGGAGCUCACUUUGGGCCAGGUAUAUGAACACUGACUACUCCAUCUGCAAUGCUCUUGAUUACCAUUCCCAAAGCAUCCAAAAGGCCCUUGUCAUUUAUGAUGUAGGGUGCCAAUGGAGUAUCAACUUCCAGAGUUGGGUAAAGUCCAGCUGCUCUCUCACUCUUCCACCUGGUCUCCAAAUCAUUCCUGCUGUGGGGAAGUUUCAUCUGGCUGCCCACAAACUCUCUUGCUUUUCAAGAUAUCACCUCAACUUUGUCAAGGGUGCUGGCCACCUGGAUGGUGAAAUUUUGGAGACAUUGUGGGCUCCAUUCAAUAAGAUCUCUCCAACUGCAAGGUCUAUGACUCAAGCCCACAGACAAGAGGUGUAUGAUGAUCAUAUGAGAGAUUCUAACUGGAAAAAAAUUGUGGGCAUAGUCCCUUCACUGCUAAAAAAAUACAAGACUUCAAACAAGUGUCUGGAGGAAAUGAAUCAGGCAUAUGAGCAGUUGACAGCUGUCCUAGACCCUAGGGACAAAGCCCCUACCAUGGGUGAAGCACAGUUAAAGCUCAUGAAAAAUCCACCUUCAUCCUCAGGAAACCUUAGUUCUGUGGCUUGGCUUGCAGAAGGAAUCAGCAUAGAGGAUGCACAAGACCAGCUAAGAUCUGAGCUCCAUCAGCUUCCCAGUCUCAUAAUUGAGAAAUUCAAUGGCAAGGGACAAGCCUUUCUUGAAGGUUUGGAGGUAGAUGAUGUUUUCAUUUCCCAGGAUGAUCCAGCAUUCCUUGGGCAUGAAGAAGUGGAAGAUGAAGGAGAGUUCUGGGAAGAUGGAGAGGAGGACUGGGAGGCUGCAGAAGAGGAAGGAGACUUGGCUGCUGAAGUCAUGAGUAUAUGGAUGCCCUCAUCCAUUGGAGCAGCCAAACUGACAGAGCUUGGCCUUCAUGCCCUUCUCAAAGAAGAAAUGGAACUCAGGAUUGGGCAAGCUAAUGAUUGUUUAGAGGGGCUUUGCACUGACCUGGGCAACAAGGCAAUGUUAUAUUGGCAGAACUUUUGGAAUGCAAAUUCCACCAGGGAGGGUACCAGAACCAAGAAGGAGAUCCAAAAUGUGGUGUCCAGAAUAAACAAGCAUGUCAGAAGUUAUCAAAGGUCUAGGCAGGCCAUUCUUCAACUGGAACCUGAUGUUAGCAUCAGAGAAAAAUAUCAGGAAAUUCUUCCUCAGGGCCUUGCAGUGAGUAAAGAGGUGACAGAGGAGAACAGGUUUGGUCAAGGGACCAGUAAAAUGGCAUGGUUUUGGAUGAUGGAAGGUGAACAGGGUCAGAGGAAUGUGGACAGUGGGGGCUUGAUGGAAGAGUCAGAAAAGAGGAAGGAAGAGACUGGUGGGGGUGAGGAUGCCAGAGAGGAGAGAAUGAGACCUUUGAAGGCAGGUGACUACAGAAAACCCUUUACCAAAUUUACUGCAGGUCAGUGGCUCUUCAAGGAGGACAUGGAUGCCUAUGAUAGGGAGAGGAGGGACACCAAGGACCCCAAGACCAUAGGCCAGAGGACCAAAAUCAUCCAACAGUGGUGGGAGUCUGUUUCCAAUGAUAAAAAAGCUGAAGCUGGGAGGGCUGCUGAGAAGUGGAAUAAGUUGGGUGCUCCCAAAGGGACUCAUGAAUCAUAG